UCGGUGUUCUCCAAAUCCGAUCCAGUGAUGCAAGCCCCAUGGCGGAGGUCACCGAGGAAGGGGCGAGGGAGGCGGAGGCGAACCGCGAUUGGUCGGAGCUGACCCCGGUGUGCCUGGCUAACGUGCUCCGCAGGCUGACCCUGGAGGGCCGGUGGAAGGGGGCGAUGCUUGUGUGCCGCUCGUGGCUCGCCGCGGCGCGGGACCCGUCCCUCUUCGCUGCCGUGGACCUCGAGCCCGCGUUCGAAUCCGCCGGAUCCGGCCCCGCCGAUGCCGCCGAGUGGUGGACCCCGGCGUUCCAGCGGCGCGUUGACGCCAUGCUCCGAUCCGCCGCGGUGUGGGCGGAGGGGUCGCUCCGAGAAAUCCGAGUUCGUCACUGUUCUGAUGAGGCCCUCUGCUUCGCUGCCGAGAGGUCAUUGAAUUUGCAAACCCUGUCAAUAAGGAGUAGCCAGAGUGUAACUGAUAGAUCAAUGUUCAAGAUUGCAACUUGCUGCCCCUUGCUUGGUGAAUUAGACAUAAGCAAUUGUUAUGAAAUUUCUUACAAGUCGCUUGAGAUGAUUGGACAGAACUGUGCUAAUCUGAAAAUUCUCAAAAGGAACCUGUUGAACUGGCUUGACCCUUCACAGCAUUCUGGUAUAGUUCCAGAUGAGUAUUUAAGAGCCUGUCCUCAAGAUGGAGACAGGGAGGCUAUGACAAUUGGCAGGUUCAUGCCAAAGCUGAAGCAUGUUGAACUCCGCUUUUCCAAACUAUCUGUUAGUGGUCUCAUUUCAGUGUCAGAGGGUUGUGGAGAUCUGGAAUUCUUGGAUCUCUUUGGGUGUGCUAAUUUAACGAGCAGAGGGAUAGAGCAAGCUUCCACCAAUCUGAAGAAUCUUAAGACACUCAUAAGACCCAACUUCUACAUCCCAAGAUCCAUGUUCCAUACAGAGAGAUAUGGGCAUUGGAGGUUGUAUGAUGAAAGGUUUCAGACCAAUGUUUUCCAAAUAUGAUCACGGGCUCUGUUCUCAUUGCUCUCUCCUAUAUGUAUUAUAGUGGUGUUUCUCCUAUUAAGGGUUAUGGAAUCAUUAUAAGGGAUAUUAUGUACUCUGUUGUUCUUUGUUGUGCAAAAGCUUGUUAUCAGAGUCACUUGUGUCAGUUAUACCACUGGAAACAUUUGAUUAAUGCCAAGUUCCCGUUAUCAUUGCUUGUCUUC